UUCAUGUUGGUGCGAAGUUGCUCAGUAGAGUAACAAACAUUUGACAUUGUAAGAAAACCUUUAAAGAAAAAAAAAUGAAGGGAAGUUUGAUAGAGUUGUCCAGAAGAGUUUUAAGUGUCCCAAAUAAUAUUGUGAAUGGACGAUUGUAUUGCUCUCUUCCUUCACCUUCUUCUCUACCUCCCAAUAACAAGCUUUUCGUCGCUGGUUUGUCAUGGUCUGUGGAUGAAAAGUCACUCAAUGACGCAUUUUCUUCUUUUGGGCAAGUAACAGAAGUAAGGAUAAUGUAUGAUAAAGAAACUGGUCGAUCAAGGGGCUUUGGGUUUGUUUACUUCUCAAAAGACGUAGAGGCCAGCUGUGCAAAAGAUGCUAUGGAUGGAAAGGCUUUUCUAGGUCGCCCAUUGAGGGUAAGCUUUGCCCUUGAAAAGGUUCGUGGUGCACCUGUUGUUGUUCCUCGACUUACUGGCACUGGAAAUGCUGAUAGAAAAACUCGUUGAUUUUUGUUUGCCGUAGUGUCCCUGGCAUUGAGGAGUAAUUUUUAUGCUGAUAUGUUACUGAAUCAAUUACCUCUAUGGACGCUUAAUAAAAGGCAUUUAUUCCUUGCAAAAGCUACUAGGAAAUGAAGCUAGUGCUGGUGUGGUCUUGUGGGAAUUCACAUAAUGUUGAUUUGAGUUGUACUUGCUAUACUACCAAAAAACAAUUAGAAAUCUUAUGCUGCGACCAGUAAAUUGCUGCAGCUCUCUGUGUACCCUUCGUUUGGUUGUUGGUUAUAGUUAUACAUG